UUACUAAUUUCGAUGUCAAAAUGACGCUUGCACAAUGUAACAUUCCCUCUUUAUUGAUCAUUGAUAAGGCCAAUCAACUUUGAUUAUAUUUAAUUAUUUCAAUUAAAGCCUACCUAUAAGUCUGAUGCAAGGACUUUGAGAAAUCAUAACCUAAUCAACCACAAUGCGUGAAGUGCUUGUAUUCCUGCUGCUCAUUUCCACUCGUGUCCAGUUGCAACUAAUUCGAGGAGGUCACAACAUAACUUUCGUGAAAUCGGUGUUGACAAUCAUUGGCAGAAGGGAACAUUGGAAAAACACCCCCAUCUUUACGGGCCACAAUACGAAUGCGGAUGAGCUGAACAGUCUGAUCAUCUGGCUUCAACAUGCGAUGGAAGUCACUUGCCACACGGUGGAUACGUCUAGAGCAGCUCAUGUGGAGCAUCCUCUGGGUCACUACAACAUAAAUGCGGAUAAUUCGGUCAGUUUGCUCUUUUGCUUCAGCACCCAAGAACUGAUUUGGUACAAUCUGGAUAAGGGACUUCGAAGGUUGCGUCGCAUGCGGCUGAUUGUCGUAUUGCCCGCCAAGCGAAGUGCUUCUUACAAGGCAAUGAUGAGCUUGUUCAGAAGGCUGUGGCACUUUCAGUUCCUCAACGUUAUUGUUCUUCACAAGAAUCGGAUUUACUCAUACACUCCGUAUCCAGUUAUACGUUUCUAUAAGCUGGACCUAAGCUCUGAUCCACUUUUCCCGCCAAGAACACUAGAUUUUCAGGGGUAUGUGGUGUCCACACCGGUGGAGAAUGAUCUGCCGCGAGUGUUUUUCGUGCGGGAUCAGAAAACUGGAGACAUGCUGGCGAGAGGAUUUGGAUAUCGCACAUUUGUGGAGUAUCUGGUGCGGCACAAUGCCUCGCUGCACGUGAGCAAUCCCCACCAGGAUCAUGCCACCAACAGUAGUGUGAAUAUGGGACGAAUGAUGCAGCAGAUAUGGGAUGGCAAACUGGAGAUCUCCUUGCAUCCAUAUGUGGAUGUGCCGGAGAAAAUGGGAGACCAUAGCUAUCCGUUGCUGGUGGCUACCAAUUGCCUGAUAGUUCCCGUCAGGAAUGAGAUAUCCCGUCACAUGUAUCUUUUGCUGCCUCUCGACCAGUGGAGCUGGGUAAUCCUGCUCGCUUCUGUUAUCUAUAUAAGCGGCGUACUCUACUGGAUUCAGCCUGGACUGGAGCACCGCAGCUGGGAUCAACGGAUUGGCUUUAACCUUCUGGAAAGCAUCAGUUGGAUAAUAUAUAUAUGCCCCUCCAGGGUUUACAGACCAUCGCUGAGGUACUUCAUGGUUUCGGUUCAGCUAACUAUUCUGGGCUUUGUGGUCACCAGCUUGUACAGCAUUCAGUUGGCCAGCUUCUUCACCACCCUGGUGGUUGGUGAGGAGGUGGACAGCAUGGAACAGCUCAUUCAGCAACAGCAGAAAGUACUGGUGAAGCAUUACGAGAUCAGCACUCUGUUGCGCCACGUGGAACCACAUUUGGUCAACGAAACAGCCCGACUUUUAGUGGGCGUAAAUGCUAGCGAGCAGGUUUCCGCUCUGCUGGCAUUCAAUCGCAGCUACGCCUAUCCUUUCACCCUGGAGCGAUGGGAGUUUUUCUCGCUGCAGCAACAGUACGCCUUCAAGCCCAUCUUUAGGUUCUCAUCCGCAUGCCUGGGAUCCCCGAUCAUAGGCUAUCCGAUGCGACGGGACUGCCAUCUGCAGUGGUCACUUAACAUAUUCAUCAUGAGGAUUCAGGCGGCGGGAUUGCUGCAACAUUGGUUCGUCUCCGACUUCAACGAUGCACUGCGUGCUGGCUACGUUAGACUCCUGGACAACGAACUUGGGUUUCAUUCCCUGGACAUCGAUUAUUUACGACUGGGAUGGGCUGUCCUGGGAAGUGGAUGGCUGUUGUCCGCUAUGAUUUUCCUUUCCGAGCUCUGGCGUUUUUACCAUCGCCACUAAUUUAUAAUAACCUAAUUAUAUUCCUAAUAUUAUUUCAGCUCUAAUUGGUAUGUCAAUUAUAUCAUUAUAUUACCAUUUACUUUAAAUGGUCUUGGAGUAUUAAAAU